AUGGAUACAUCUUUUGAUGAAGCGCUGUCUGGAUUGGGCUUACGAGCCCACCCAGACACCCCCGCGUUCACGCGUCGUGGCCCUACGCUGUCGCAGUUAGCUUCAGGUAGAGUUGAUAACCCAUGGGGUUAUGGGGGGGCUUAUGACAGUAUGUCAGGUCCCGGGUUAGAGCCAUAUUCCCAAGGUGGAUCCUUGGUUGGAGGCGAUCCCUUUGUCACGCCGUCCCUGCCUUCCUGUUUGAGGGAGGGGGGUGGUAGGUUGAGGGGUGCCCCAGGAGGGGGAGUGAGGUUCUCGGACACUCUACUUGGUUCUAGGGAGGGGGACAGCCCAGAAUGGGGUAUACGGCGUAGGUGGAACUCAGCAGAGAAUCUAAUUGGCUUAGAUUCACCCAGAAAAGGUUCUGGACUCGACACUUCGUGGUCUAGGGAUAGGAAUAGGUGGGAGGAGGAUUUCUUGUCCCCCAUGGGGGGGUCAGUUAUUCCUAAUGUCUCGGCAAGGCCCACACCGGGUAGGGGGGAUGGUUUCGACUAUGGAUUUAGUUCAGGGACUUUCCCGGAACAUCAUACCCCCUCCCUGCAUCCCUAUGCUCCAGGGUCACGGAGGUUUUCGGCCCCACUCCCUCGCUCUGGGGCCGAUGAUCAGGCAGUAGGCCAGCUUAGUCAGAGUUUACCCCUGGGGGGCUUAGGUUCACGCUCACAGCGUCCCACUCCCAGACAGGAUCCCCCAGUCGCCCCUUUUUCGGAGCCAGGGAUUUCCUAUGGGAAUUAUCACCCCCCACAGGCCAGCCAAAGCUAUGACCUACUCACAGGGUCCCCACCCCCACAUGCCCAUCCUUCACAUGUGCAAGACCCUUGGGCUGGGGGGAAUACCCCCCAUCCCCAGCAUUCGGUACCCCCUAGGCUUGGCGGUUACGCUAGCACACCUAUGCCCUACCCUACCAUGAUGACUCCACCCUAUCAACAGGGACCCUCCGCUUAUCCUGGCACCACGGCCUGUGGGUUAGGGGACGAGGGGGGUAGAGUAGCUCAUGUUCGGCCCCAGUUAGGUGUUCCCGACACACAUACCCCUUUCCUUGGACCGUUGGCCCAGGGGCCCGCUCCGGUGCCCCACCUCCCCACGUCCGCCCCUCAGUACCCUAGGUCUGGGGGAUACGCGACGGGCACUGGAAGACACGCGCCUAAGUACAAGGAUUUGCGGUACGAUGGGAAAAGUAGCUGGAAGUCCUUCCUGCACAAAUUCGCUCGCUUGGCCCGUAGCCAACAGUGGACCGAGCCUGAACAGCAUGACCAAUUCUGCUUCUCCCUGGAAGGGACCGCCAGUGAUUACUACACCCUGUUGCUGGACACUGAUCGCAACCUCUCAUUGACCGACAUCCUGAGGAGAUUUGAGAAACGUUUUGGAUCCUCAGCGCCAGACCUGUCACACCAGCUGAACUUCCAGUCAGCGUCCCAGAAUGCAGGCGAGUCUUUGAGACAUUGGGCAGAUAGGGUGCUCACCCUGGCCACACAAGCCUUCCCAUCCGUGCCAGAUGUUCAUACUCACGCCAUUCCGCGGCUGUGUUAUGGCGCCGAGGACCGGGACGCAGGACUCUAUGCCCUGGAUGGCCAGCCCAAGACGGUUGAGGAAGCUGUUGAUCGGAUGCAGUAUUACCAGCAUUCGAGGCAGACUAAGUCGUCAAAACCUAGGCGGGAUGUGAGGCAGGUAGCCCAGGAGGAGGCCCCCGAUUUUGACAAGGAACUCAGGGAGAUGCGCCAGCGCCUUCAGGAGAUAGAGAAGGAACUCCGAGGGCGAACCCCCUCUCCUCGGAGACCUUCAUCGCCACCUUUGAGCGGAAAUCGGAAGGUCAAGGGGCCAAGGCCAAGCCUAAGGACGGCCACGAGACGCAGCAACGUUCGUCAGAACCACGGGGGGCGGGGAACCAAGACCCGCCAGUCGCAAUUUAGCGGAGGGCCUACGCAGCGGGAAGUCAGGGUGCUGACUCCAGAGCGCUCCCCAGUUAGGCCAGGGCCGUGCGACGCUCGCACGGGGACAGGUCGGUUUGCAGGAGGACACAGGCAGGCGCCCUCCUGCAUGCGCCGCUCCAGGAAGGGCACACUCCAAGUGCGGUUCAAGGAGGCAUCCGAGGAGGAGGAGGAAUCCGAUGACUGGGUCAUAGGGUGGGAGGAGGACAAAUACGAGCCCUCUCCCAAGGAUAUGUUGUCGGGAUUCAGGCUCCCUGAGGAUAUCGUGGUGCCGGAACUGCCCAGGUUUGGGGCAGAGAACCAGGGGGAUGGGGAGGAAUUUCCGGAGGAUUCGGAGGACUUGCCGGAUCAGGAGCCCUCGCUCAUUCAGGAGGAGCAGGCCGGCGCGUAUCUCGCGCCCAGGCCUAGUGAGUGCCCGGAGCCAGUUAAGGCGCAGGUUCAGCCCAAGGAGGAAUGUGGGCUGGGGGUGGUCAGUGGUCAGGCGGAGGACGGGACCGUGGAUAUGCCAUGCCGGCAUGCGGGAGAAGCCCAUGAAGAGUUGCCUGUGCCUAUAGGGCAGAUACGCCCAACCACCGGAUUCAUGGUCGAAAUGGUAGUCCAGGGAGUCAGACUACAGGCAGUGGUAGACACUGGGGCGGAGAUGAGUGUGCUGUCCACCCGGGUCUACGAGGAGCUCGACCCCAAGCCUCCCAUCAAGCAGCAUGUGACCUUGGUUCAGGCAGGGGAAAACGCUCGGAUGAGGGGCUUCGUCAUUGGCCCGGUGGCAGUUUGCCUGGGAGACACAGAACACAACGUCGACCUGUAUGUGGCUCCCCUGCAGGACCAAAUGCUGCUAGGUAUGGAGUUUUUGCAUCAGCAGAAGGCCCACUUAGACCUGGAGCAUGGCACCAUGACCUUGGGAAAGGAGAAGGUCCCUAUGACGUUCGGACGCCCAGGAGGGGGACAGGAGGCUCAGGUUUCGGUAACAAAGUCUAUCAGGGUCCCAGCUGCCUCAGUCGUCUUAUGCCCUUGUCAUUUGGAUAAGGAGUUGGAAGACUUCGUAGUCAGCCCUCAGAUCACACGACUCUCGAACCUACUACUGGUGCCGCACACUUAUCACACUGGGGGGAGGUCAGCAGUGACCUGCUUUAUCAACGCCUCGGACGAGGAUGUGUCCAUCCCAGAGGGCAGUGUGAUAGGUUCAGCCUCGGAGGCCGGAUUUCGGACGCCGACUCCGGACAUAGUCCGGAAUGUUUGCAGUGUGGCUAAUCCCCACACUGAUUCGGGGGCUGAGGUCCCCGAACACUUGAAGGACCUCCUUGAUCGCUCGUCCAAGGAACUGACCCCGGAGGAGCGACGGAUGCUCGCAGACCUGCUCAACGAAUUUCAGGACGUAUUUGCUACGGGGGAAUUCGACUUUGGUAAUUUCACGGCUCUGGAGCAUGAGAUCGACACAGGCGAGGCUCGUCCAGUUAAGGAGAGGAUGAGGCGCACCCCGCUGUUCUUCGUGGACGAAGAGGAAGCACAUCUUAAGAAGAUGUUGGAUGCAGGUGUGAUCCAGCCCUCGGUGUCAGAGUGGGCCUCCGCCCCUGUGUUGAUCAGGAAGAAGGACGGGCAAGUUCGGUGGUGCCUAGACUACCGUAAACUCAACGACGUGACCCGGAAGGACGUAUUCCCAUUGCCCCUCAUUGACGAGUGUCUAGACACUUUAACUGGCAAUGUGUGGUUCUCGAAGCUCGAUGCCAACUCAGCUUUUCACCAAAUCAAGAUCAGCCCUAAGGACAGGAAGAAGACCGACUUUGUCACGAAGUAUGGGCUCUUCGAGUUUGUUCGUAUGGGAUUCGGAUUGUGCAAUGCGCCGGCGACUUUUUCCCGUGCCAUGAGCCUGGUGUUAAGGGGACUCACAUGGAGUAUAGUCCUGGCCUUCCUGGAUGACGCCUUAGUCCUCGGUAAAGACUUUCAAGGUCAUUUGGACAACUUGAAAGCGGUAUUCCGGAGAUUCCGGGAGUUCGACCUUAAAUUCAAGCCCAAGAAGUGUGAGCUGUUCCAGACUAAGGUUGAAUUCUUGGGGCGCCAAGUGAGCGGAAAGGGUAUUGAGAUGGGGGACACUUACAUCGCAGCAGUGAGGGAGUGGGCUCCCCCAACCAAUGUCAAGGAGGUAGAAAGGUUCCUGGGGUUUGCGAACUACCAUCGGACCUUCAUAGCUGGGUAUGCCCAGUUAGCGUGCCCGCUUUAUCAGGUGACAGGGAAAAAACCCUUUGAAUGGGGUCACGAGCAGCGGUCAGCAUUCGACGCUUUGAAGAAAGCACUCACUAGUCCGCCUACACUGGCCAUGCCUAUAGCAGAGGGUAUGUUUGUAUUGGAUACGGACGCGUCAGGGGAGGCCAUAGGGGCUGAGCUCAGCCAGAUUCAGGACGGGGUUGAGAAACCUAUAGCUUAUGGGAGCCUUGGCCUGAAUAGAGACCAGAGGAAGUAUUGCACUACACGGCGGGAGCUACUGGCGGUUGUGAGGUUCACUCGCAUGUACCGCCAUUACCUCCUGGGAAGGAGAUUCAGGGUCCGGACAGACCACCAUAGUCUCAUUUGGCUGCUGAACUUCAAAUCCCCUCAGGAUCAGCUGGCCCGCUGGCUAGAGGAACUUAGCCAGUAUAAUAUGGAAAUACAGCACCGCCCAGGCCAGCGCCAUAUCAACGCUGAUGCCCUAUCCAGAUUGCCACACUCAUCUUGUGCCUCUGGCGCCGCUUUUGCUAUUCAUCCCAGCGACCUGCCCUGCGGAGGUUGCCUGAAGUGCACGAAGGCUCACCAGUCAUGGAACACCUUUGUGGAGGAAGUGGAUGACGUGGCUCCACUCGCCCGCCCGGGUACUUGGACUUACUUAGAAGAGCCUUCGUCGGACGAGGAAAUUGACUUGGCUGAGGACUCGGCUAUCAACUUGGCCCAGUGCAAGCCCGGAGUCGUCCCGGAGGGCCACAGCCCUGAGAUCAGUGAGGCGGCUUGGAACUAUGUCUCCCGAGAAAUUCUCGGGCCACCCAGCCAGAUAGUGGACCUUGAGAGUGACGACACGGCAUCUGGCCCGUUCAGAACCCAGGUACGGCUGCUCACCAGUCCUCAGAUACCAGCUGUUGUUAGGACACUUACAGAUACCGGCAGUGGUUCCCUGUCCCUCGUAGGCAUGACCGCAGACGAGAUGAUGCAGAGCCAACAGCAGGAUGCGGACUUGAAGCUCUUUGGCCAAUGGCUGUCAACUGAUGGAGAGCCGGCGGAGGGAGAGCUGUUCCUAGCAAGCCCGGCUUUGAAAAAUUACUGGAUUGACAGGGAAUUUUUCAUGAAGGAUGAGGACCAAGUCCUUUGGAAGUUGGUGGGGGAGGGAGAGUCGAGGAGUCGGCUAUUGGUAGUCCCCCGGGAAUUGAGGGAGGAAGUUCUCAGGCUGUGCCACGACGUCCCUGCCUCAGGCCAUCAGGGAAUCAGCAGGACUAAAGCCCGCCUUAGGGAGCGCUUUUUCUGGUAUGGCAUGAUGAGGGAAGUAGAGGGCUUUGUAAGCACUUGUGGGCCCUGCAGCAGGAACAAGCAUCCCCAGCGACACGCGCGAGCAGAGAUGAUAAAGUAUCAUGCAGGAGCUCCCAUGGAGAGAGUGCACUUGGACUUCCUGGGCCCACUGCCCAGGACUGACAGUGGCAACGAGUACGUGCUUGUGAUGGUGGAUCAAUUCACUAAGUGGGUCGAGUGUGUACCACUUCCCUCCCAGACAGCUGAAGUGACCGCCUCAGCAGCAGUGAACCAGUUCUUUGCCAGGUUUGGCUGCCCGUUCCAGGUAUUUACUGACCAAGGGCGCAACUUCGAGAGCAAGCUCUUUGCAGCAGUCUGUGAGCUACUGAAAAUCCAUAAGGCACGAACAACCCCUUACCGGCCCUCGGCCAAUGGCCAAGUAGAGCGGUACAAUCGGACGUUAAUGGAUGCUGUCAGGUGCUACAUAGACAAGGCUCAGAACAGCUGGGACAUACACUUAGCCCAGAUAGCAGGCGCCCUGAGGUCGUCUGUGAAUCGUAGCACAGGGUUUACGGCUAACAAGUUGAUGUUAGGUCGGGAGACCAACACCCCGGCAGACCUGAUGUAUGCUCCCCCCAUACGAGGCGAGGACCUAGACUUAGAGGACUAUGUGGUGAACCUGGAGAAGUCCAUCCAGGCCGCCCACGAGAUCGCCCGAGCCCGACUUCGGACUACCGAGGAGCGCAUGAAGCGUGAUUACGACCUUAGGGUCAGGUUUCGAGCCUAUCAGGAGGGGGAUACAGUCUAUGUCCUGGACACAGCCACCGUGAAGGGGAAAUGCCGUAAGCUCAGCCCCUCAUGGAAGGGUCCAGGGCUGGUGGUCCAGAAGCUCAGUGCCCACCUCUACCGAGUAAGGACCAAGACGACGGUUAUGCUGGUCAACCAUGACCGCAUGAAAAAGUGCGAGGACCGUGACUUACCUCGCUGGCUUGCCAAUGCCCGGGAGAGGUACUUAGCUGAGAAGGGCUCAUGUCAGGCCAUAGACGAAGGGGUUCAUGCCAGAACCCCUACCGGGGCUGUGUCAGAGCCAGAAGGCAUCCCGAGGACACAGGACCCGGCAAGUCUCCAGGAUCCAGAGGUUGCACAGGUUCCCCCGGAGGAACCAACCCCUACACUGAAGCGCAGACGGGGAAGACCGCGUAAACAUCGCGCGCCAUCACCGGCUCCCCCGAGGGCCCCCUCGGGGAAAACGCGCUAUUGCCUCUGCCGCCAGGCGGACGAUGGCAAACUUAUGAUACAGUGUGAUAGGUGUGAGGAGUGGUUUCAUGGGAAGUGUGUGGGAGUGACUCUGGAAGAUGCAGAGAGGUUAGAUAAUUAUGUGUGCUCCCCUUGCUCCUGUAAGGGUACGGGUGGCUCACACCUUCUUCUUUCUCUUUGCAGAAAACAACGUGACGCUGAGUCAGAGGGGGGUCCCCCCCCAGGAGCUGGAGGAGAGAGCGGGCACGCUUCCAGAGGGACGACUCCUCGUCCCAGAGCGGGAGGAGGCGGAGGGCCACUCCGCCACCCCGCAGGCCCAGCCCAGUAAAGAUCUGGGAGGACUUUGGGGACCCCAGGGAUGCGGGGGCUCCCAAUCGCCCUAGCCCCCACAACAGUCGGGACUCGGAGUGCCCCCUGCUGUGCGGGGUAGCUACCCGGAAGCUCCGGCAGCAUGUCACGCUGACCCAUUUGCCGCCAGUCUUCCGGCGUGGCGUCCCCCCCUCCCGGGAGGUCUCGUCCAUCCGGGAGAGGGUCCUGAAGUGGUUGGCCAGGACCCUCCUCGGCCCAGGUGCCACUCUGUCCGAGUUGGCAUCCUCCUUACGGGCCGAGGAGGUGUUCCCGGACCCCCACGGUGGCCUCACACCAGACCUGGUGGAGGCCAUGGACAGUCUGUGUCGUAGUGUGGGGGAAGCCCCUCCCCCAGUUUACGAGUUGCGCGGGGACGUCCACCCCGCGCUCCUCCUCCAUUGGAGGGCACAGGCUGUCUUGCUUGUCAAGAUAGACCCCUGCUCGAGGGCGGCCUACAAGAGGUUGGCCGCCAGCGAGAGGAUAGGUCGUAAGCGCUUGAGGGACUUCUCUAUGAAGCCCAACUCGUCGGGGGGUCCCUCACGCGCCAGAACGAGGCCCUCCUCGGGGGCUCCGGCUCCGGGGACCGCUGCUCCCACGGCGCCGCUGGUAGCUCCUGAGGAGGCCCCGUUCAUCCGUCAGGAGCCGAGAGAUGCCUCCCCCUUCUCAGACGAUGGGCCUCCCCCCCUUGAACCGAUUCAGCCAGAGGGGUGGGAGUUGGACUUUGAGGAGGAGGAGCCGGUCGAGUGGUGCCCUCUUGGACCAGAGAUGAUCGAAGGGGGUGCCACCGACCAGCAUCAGGGUGGGGGGGAUUCGUCCCCCAUGCUUGAGUUUGGGCAGAGCCCUUUGGACGGGGAUAUAGGGGGCCCUCCGGUCGGUGGGGAGGAGUUCCCUAGGCCACCCCCUGGGUUCGUUACCUCCCAGUACAUGACUGCGGAGAUGCCUCGGGGGUGGCAUGGUGCCCGCAGGGUGACCCUGGCGGUGAUCCAGGAGUGGUAAGUCGCUCCUGGAUGUUUUCCCCUGGUUUUGGGGGGAGGUCACAGUUUUAGUGUGAGAGCCAGGGGUGACCCUGGUCCACAUGGGGGGUGGAUUUUAUGGGGGGUUUCCCUUUACCACCGGGCAGGGGUGCAUGGCCCAGGACAGGCUGUCCUGGUUUGCACUGGGGACUAAUUCGGGGGGUUUCCCCGUCAGAAGUUUAGGGGGUGUGGGUCACAGGGUAUCCCUGUUCCACACCGGGUAGGGACCUUAGAGGUCUCAGUUAAAUUCUUCCGGGAGUAUGCCCGGGUCCUCUCUUUGCCGGAGUUUUCCGGCGUCCUCGGAUAAGUCUCUCCGAGGGGGCGUGGCGCGCCCACCUUGAUUACUGGUUAGACCCAUUUCUCCGUCCUUCAGAGAAAACGGGGGGGGGGUGUAGUAUCUGGGGAGUCGUCCCCAGUACGACCUGUUUGGCAGACAGCUUCCGGAGCCCGGAUGACAGUUCCCGCCAAGAGGCAUCUUUUGAACGACAGCUUGAAGAAGCUAGACGUAUUAUCGACAGCACCAAGAAUAUAGAUAUAGACAGCCAUUCAGCGUAAUGCAUAGGAUGAUAUAAUAUGUACAGCAAAAAUUUAUGGCAAGGGUGACAUGAAUCAGAUUGACAAGAAUCCAUAUUCCUACUCCUCAAUAAUGCUAUCAUCACUGCCAUCAGAUUCAUCAAUGAUAGUGGCAUCAGUGACACAUGCGGAUAAGUGUUGGACAUCACUGUAGGAAUAGCUUCCUUGUUGUGCCUGCCAAUAGCAAGGUACCAGAUUAUACAGCAGUUAUGUGGAAACAGAUUCCCACAAUAGGGGGACAAGAUUGACACCUACAUUGUACAGUAUCUGGCAGUUAUAUCAGAACUGGGAAAACUGGAUCCACACAAGACUAUAUUGCUUGGAAGAAACAUGUCGACUCUGAAGUUUAACUCUUAUUAACCCAUGGCACUUCCAGAGACAUCCUGAUACCAUGGUUCUAUGUCAUUUGAAAUAUACCUGUGGAGGUUUUUAAAGUGGGUUUUUUUUUGGGGGGGUGGGUGUUAUUAAUUGGAAGAAUUUAUAUUUGAUGAUUCAAAUGAAAAUCUGCAUGUUGAAUAAUGAAUGUCAUAAUAAAUGUACUUUUUGAAUGAGUUCAAGAAUGGUUGUCCUGAUAAAAAGUGUAGAGUCAAAAGUUAACAAAUUGUCAAAAACACUGGUCAGGUCUGAAUUCAUCAUCUUGGACACCUUGCAGUUGGAAUUAUGAUCUCUAUGAAGAAAUGCUGAAAAUCUUGUGAAAGAGGAAAUGACAAGUUGGGGUCCAAGGCACUUGCAUAUAUGCAUGAGAAGGUGUUCUAUCCAGGCUUGAGGUCAAUUACAUAGCAAUGUAACGCCUUACAUUACCUAGAAAAUUUCACAUUACCAUUACUCCUAUUUUGAAAUAUAAUGUAUUACAUUACUUGAGAGUGAAUUUACAUUACACAUUUACAUAACAUACUGUCAGAUAUUAAAGAAAUGGCAGAAAAAUUAUUUCUGUAUUAUGAUUUUUAAUAUAAGUACACAAAAUAUUCAGCAAUGUUAGGAAACAUAUCUAUUAAGUUAUUCAUUGCAUUUGAUUGUCAUCAAUGUUUCAAAUGCUUCAGUCAAUCACUAAUAUAAUAAAUUAUUCUAAAUCUUCAAAAUAUCAUCAAAUAUUUGAAGUAGUGUAAAUGUAAUGAAAAAUAAUGUGCAGUACAGUAUGCAUUACAUUACCAUUACUUGUAAUGCAAAAAUGGUUCAUUACACCCCCAUUACAUUGAAACUGGCUGUCAUUUAAUUACCAUUACCCCAGGUCUGGUUCUGUCGAGAGGUAUUGAAAUUGUCUGUAGAGACUUUGUCUCAGGAAGUGGCCGAGAUUGGUUGUGACAAUUUUGUUGGAUGUGAAUUUACUGACACACAUGUCUACACUUGCUACACAAUAUAGCAUGUGGUGGUUUCAACAAGAAAGUUCUUACUCUGCAGGAAAUGACGAAUAGCUAAUGGAUUCACAUUUUUUCUGACUUUUCUUCUGUACAUUAGAUGCAUUGGAAAAACUUUCCUUUCCAUUAUCUUUUGCUGGUUCAUACUUUGAAAUAAAAUCAAGUCCGAAAAUAAA